UCCUCAACCAUUUGAACCAUUUGAACUUGUUUGUAGACGCUCGCGACAAAGAUAUUGGAUAUUGAAUUGACCUCAAGGAAUUAACACAAUUUCAACUUCUGGCCUUGAGGAUGACGUUAUAUUCAAUCAUUCUGCCCACCUACAAUGAGAAAGAAAAUCUCCCGAUUAUUACGUGGAUCAUUGAUAAGGUUAUGAAUAAAAGUGGCUUUCCCUACGAACUAAUAAUCGUUGACGACAACAGUCCAGAUGGGACAGGUGAAGUUGCUAAAAAGUUACAAUCUAUUUUUGGAGAAAAUAAAAUAAUUCUUAAACCAAGAAGUGGAAAAUUAGGACUAGGCUCAGCUUACUUGCAUGGUUUGAAGUUUGCAAAAGGUGAUUUCAUCAUCAUUAUGGACGCGGAUUUAUCGCACCAUCCAAAGUUUAUUCCUGAGUUCAUUAAAUUACAAAAGCAACAUGAUUACGAUGUUGUUACUGGGACGCGAUAUGCAUCUAACGGAGGUGUAAGUGGCUGGGAUUUGAAGCGUAAACUUAUCAGCCGUACGGCAAAUUACAUAGCUCAAGUAUUACUACGACCGAAAGCAUCCGAUUUAACUGGAAGUUUUAGACUAUACAAAAAAGCGGUUCUACAAGAUUUAGUUUCACGUUGUACUUCACGUGGUUAUGUUUUUCAAAUGGAAAUGAUAGUAUUAGCUUCUUCACUUGGUUACAAAAUCGGUGAGGUUGGGAUUACAUUUGUAGAUCGAUUUUAUGGAGAGUCAAAACUUGGUGGAACAGAAAUUAUUCAAUAUAUAAUGGGAUUAUUACAUCUUUUCUGUACUUGUUAAUUUUCUUCUUUGUUUUUUUUUGGAAAAAAAUAAACAUAGUUAAUUAUAAUUCUAUUGUUCGAACUCGGUUUAUAUAAUAAAAUAUUUUUUAAGGCUUCAUUGCAAAUCUAUGCUAAAUACUUUUGUAUAUAGCUAAUGAAUUUACCCAAAGUUCAAAUUCAUUCACAAUGAAUAUACCCAAAGUUCAAAUUCAUUCACAAUGAAUAU